AUGGCGCCCGCAGCUGCGCCAGAGCCUUCCUUCAAGAAAGAUGAAAAGGUCUUUUGUUUCCACCAUGAGUUGCUAUACGAGGCCAAGGUGCUCGAAGUCAGGCCUGUAGAAGAAGACAAGAAGAAUGGCUUCGAAUACAGAGUCCACUACAAGGGCUGGAAGAACACCUGGGACGACUGGGUUCCUGAGGACCGGCUUCGCAAGCUGUCUCCCGAGAACCGAGAGUUGGCCAAUAACCUCAGGCACGAGAUGCUGGCAGCCCAGCGUGCCGCAAGAGCCCAGCCCGCACCUGCGAAAAAGAAGGCUCAAGGUUCGGCGCGCGGUAGCGAAGAGCGCCAAACCUCCGUCACUGCUGCACCACGCGGUCAGAAGAGGGUGCGGGACAAUGACUUAGAGAAGGAAGAAGCAUUCCAGAACAAGCUGGCUGUUAGGAUCUACAUGCCAGAUCGGCUAAAGAGCCUCCUAGUCGACGACUGGGAGAACAUCACUAAGAACCUGCAGCUGGUUCAGCUGCCUUCAGCUUACCCUGCAGGCGUCAUACUGGAUGAGUACAUGAAGCAUGUCAAAGACAACAGCAACCGCACCAGCAUCGAGCAGGACAUCCUCGAGGAAGUCAUAGCUGGACUGAAGGAGUACUUCAAUAAGAGCGUCGGGCGCCUUCUUCUGUACCGGUUUGAGCGCGAGCAGUUCUACGACAUCUGGACGCGCGUCAAUUCGCCGACGGAUGAUCUUGCAGCAAAGCCGCUGGCUGACAUCUAUGGCGGCGAGCAUCUUCUGCGUCUUCUGGUCACAAUGCCCGAACUCAUCGCGCAAACCAACAUGGAUCACCAGGCCGUCACGCGCUUGCGUGAGGAGCUCAGUCAAAUGACGACGUGGCUCUCCAAGGAAGCUCAGAUCAACACCUUCUUUGUGCCUACCUAUGAGAGCCCCGGACAGGCCUACAUCGACAAGGUCAAGUCCAGCACUUAG